UUGCCUCACUGGAUACGAGGAAGCGAACGGUUAAAUAUUUUGAUAUUUUCCUUUAUUUGAUGGAGUGAAAGGAAACAGAAAACUAUAUGUGAACAUAGUCAGAUGAUCGACAGUGCGGACGAGAACUGCUGGGAACAUCUGACUGAUCCAGUUCUACUUCAUAUAUUCUCUUAUCUGGACAAAAAUGAGUUAAACAACGUGUGUAGAACGUGCAAGAAUUGGUAUCGAAUAGCCCAGGAUGAAAGCUUAUGGAAAGAAUUAACAUACAGGAAUUUAGGAUGUCGUUACUCUCGACAUGACGUCAGCUGGAAAUCGGAAUUGAAACGACUGACUUACCAUGCCCCCACCCAUCUUCAUCAAACGUGUGAGGGUCACGUGGAUGAAAUCUACUACGUCUGCUGUUCUAAUAGCGGCAAAUUCCUAGCUACCUGUGGAGCAGACGGUAUUGUAAAGGUAUGGAAAUAUGGUCCCAACACGGAGCUUUUACACUCCAGUCAAGUUGUGGAUCCGCCGUCCUAUGCCAACUACGUGGAGUUCAAUGAAGCUGAAACGCAUCUAAUCGUGAACUGCAUGAUGAGGGAGGAGGGCGGAUUACAAGUCGCACUGGCCGUGCUCGCCAUUGAAAAAGGACUUGCAGUGGUGGCGGCGAGACAAUCUUGGUUCCCUAACUUUAGAGGAACUUGGCUGACUAACGACACUUUCCUUCUAGCCGAUGUAUUGGCGUACUUUUUCUCUAAUGAUAAUGUGAAGUUAGUCGGUUGUAAGUUCUAUGAGGAAGAAUUGGAAAACCCGGAACUUUAUGAGCGCCCUCUUUUAGAAAAUCUCACGGAUGACAAUGUGGAAUUAUGGACUCUACUAGAAAUGGUACGCGAUGAGUAUCGACCCCAUUUAGUGAAGGUCAUAGAGUGGUCCAAAUGGAACCAAGAUUCUCCAAUCGAACGCGUGGAGACUUCCCGCCCAGGGGAUAGGGUGGUGAUUAUUUACCAACAAAGUCUGGAGUGGGACAUCGUACACAGACUGGUGUUCUAUAAAGUGGACAUAGACUGUGAGACCCCCAGUGUUACAGAACCGAUCAAAAUAAUCAUGAUCAACAGCGGGUGUCUGGGAGUCAAUCUCUCGGCGGAUCACAGGUACGUCGUGUACAACUUAAGAAGGGUGUGUAUAGACGGCGAUAACAGCUGGUACGAAAAAGAUGUCGACACAAUGGUGAUCAAUUUAGCAAAUAUUGGAGAAAAACCGGAGGUGUUUGAAGGAAACAAGUCUUUAGAACAGUCAGCAACAAUAUUUUACUUCUUCCCUAGCAUUUCUUCUGAUUUCCUUGCAAGCGGAUCUGAACAAGACGUUGCUUUUCUUUGGGAUCGUCAUUCGAAACACGUGAUCGCUACAUUACCUCACACACUUCCGGAUCCGAAGAAUGGAGUGAGUGCCGUUGCCUUCCAUCCACGUGACCCGGAAGUCUUAAUUAGUGUAGCAGAUGAUUGUAGAAUUAGGAUAUGGAUGUCCAAAAACAGGGAAAGACAAUUUAAACAGCAGAGUGAUAUACCAGACUGUGAUUAUACCUUACAAAGUGAUGUUUAAUGUAAGCCAUAAACUCAAACUCGUUCUGCUUGAUAUCACAACGUCAGGCGUUUUUAAUGUAGUUCUUGUAUACUUACUGCCAAUAAAUUAUGGAAUUAAAAUUUAAGUUUUGA